AUGCAGGCACGCUCUUCCCGGUCAGCCAGGCCAUUGCCGCACACGGAGGACAGAUUGGCUGCGGACCUGCUGUUGGCGCAGAUGUUGCAAGAGGAGGAAGAUGCGCAGGGCAUGCUGAGCCAACCGAAACCGAAACCUGAGAGAACGCAGAAAGGGCGCGGGCCAGCAGCACAGACGGAAGAUACGUUGGCUGCAGACAUGCUGCUAGCGCAGAUGUUGCAAGAGGAGGAGGAUGCGCAGGGCAUGUUGAGCCAGCCGAAUCCGACUCAGAAAACGAAGCAGAAAGGGAAACGGCAGUACAAGCCUCUCAACAUCAGCUACGUCGUCGCGCAGUCGGGUGCUUCCGCUGCUCCAGCUUUGGGCACCGCGGCCCCGUCAAGCCUCGCAGACAUCCUCCGCAAUCGGCGUUCCCAGGAGCAGCGGGCCCCGAACUUCGCAGCUGACUUCGGAGCGGCGCCGCGACCGUCCUUGCCGGACAGUAACGGUCUGACCUGGGCCGAAAGGGCACAGCUGGCACAGCACAAGCCCGAUGCGACGGCCGCCGUCCUGAACCCAACUGCAGCCUUUGGUCCGCGACACACAACUUUGAUGAAGCUCAAAAUAUCUACUGCACAAGGUGCUGAGCAUUUCUUGGAGGUGGAUCUUGAGGAGACGGCAGGCGAGGUCAAGACUCGCUUGGAGAAGAUGCUCGGCCUUGCAACAGCCUCGCAGCGGCUGCUGCACAUGGGUCGUGAGCUGAACGACGCCGAACAGCUGACGGCCAUUUCUGGCUCGAUGAACGGCGCCGGCGUCUGCAACUUGCAACUAGCAACGCGACAGGUGGUGCAGGCGCACCAUCAAGCUCCACCAGUUUCCCGUGCUCCAGCUGCUCCAGCUCAGUCUCAGGAUUCCAGGCGCGAUUUGAUCAAGGCCGUGUUCAAGACGUUGGACAGAACAAACAAAGGCCAUCUCACAGCUGCAGACAUGCGGCCGUUCGCAGAGCAGACUGGCUUCGGCGGCAGCGACCACGAGUGGCAGCAGGAGUUUGCAUUGCUGUGCCGAGACCGUGGAAGUGCGAAAGGGAUUAAAUUGGAAGAGUUCGUGCAGCUUGUGAACGACUCCUCGGACGAGGGCUGCUACUGCUCAGACAGCGAGUUGCGAGCAUUGCUGCAGCAGCAGCAGCAACAGCAGCCCCCGCCCAGCACAAAUCCAGCCAAAGCUGCUCCGCUUGCUGCAAAGGCCGUUGCAUCCGGCAUGGCACCUGCCCACGCUCCUGCCAAGGAUCCAAGACGAGACUUGAUCGAGGCUGUCUUCAGUUCCUUGGACAAGACACGCAAAGGAUAUCUCACAGCUGCAGACAUGCGGCCGUUCGCAGAGCAGACUGGCUUCAGUGGCAGCGACCACGAGUGGCAGCAAGAGUUUGCAUUGCUGUGCCGAGACCGUGGAAGUGCGAAAGGGAUUAAAUUGGAAGAGUUCGUGCAGCUUGUGAACGACUCCUCGGACGAGGGCUGCUACUGCUCAGACAGCGAGUUGCGAGCAUUGCUGCAGCAGCAGCAGCAGCAACAGCAGCCCCCGCCCAGCACAAAUCCAGCCAAAGCUGCUCCGGUUGCUGCAAAGGCCGUUGCAUCCGGCAUGGCACCUGCCCACGCUCCUGCCAAGGAUCCAAGACGAGACUUGAUCGAGGCUGUCUUCAGUUCCUUGGACAAGACACGCAAAGGAUAUCUCACCGCUGCAGACAUGCGGCCGUUCGCAGAGCAGACUGGCUUCAGCGGCAGCGACCACGAGUGGCAGCAGGAGUUUGCAUUGCUGUGCCGAGACCGUGGAAGUGCGAAAGGGAUUAAAUUGGAAGAGUUCGUGCAGCUUGUGAACGACUCCUCGGACGAGGGCUGCUACUGCUCAGACAGCGAGUUGCGAGCAUUGCUGCAGCAGCAGCAGCAGCAGCAGCAACAGCAGCCCCCGCCCAGCACGAAUCCAGCCAAAGCGGCUCCGGUUGCUGCAAAGGCCGUUGCAUCCGGCAUGGCACCUGCCCACGCUCCUGCCAAGGAUCCAAGACGAGACUUGAUCGAGGCUGUCUUCAGUUCCUUGGACAAGACACGCAAAGGAUAUCUCACCGCUGCAGACAUGCGACCGUUCGCAGAGCAGACUGGCUUCAGCGGCAGUGACCACGAGUGGCAGGAGGAGUUUGCAUUGCUUUGCCGAGACCGUGGAAGUGCGAAAGGGAUUAAAUUGGAAGAGUUCGUGCAGCUUGUGAACGACUCCUCGGACGAGGGCUGCUACUGCUCAGACAGCGAGUUGCGAGCAUUGCAGCAGCAGCAGCAGCAACAGCAGCCCCCGCCCAGCACAAAUCCAGCCAAAGCUGCUCCGGUUGCUGCAAAGGCCGUUGCAUCCGGCAUGGCACCUGCCCACGCUCCUGCCAAGGACAGAAGUUCGAGACAAGGAUUGCUAGAGGCCGUGUUCAAUGCGAUGGACAAGACAGGCAAGGGCUUCCUGACGGCUGCUGACAUGCGGCCGUUUGCUGAGCAAACCGGCUUCACCGGCACCGAUCGGGAGUGGCAGCUCGAGUUUGAAGCUCUUUGCCACGAAAGCCGAUCUUCGCAGGGCCUCGAGCUGGACGCAUUUGCCAAGCUCGUCAACGAUGAUUCUGAGGAUGGUUGCUACUGCACGGACAGCGAGCUGCAAGCGCUGCUGCAACGGCUGCACCAAGGGAGCAUUGAAAGCAACACUUCGGUGCCCAAUGCAGCUACUUCGGGUAAAGGCAGCCAACCACAGCCAGCGUCGGAGGACAGAAGUUCGAGACAAGGAUUGCUAGAGGCCGUGUUCAAUGCGUUGGACAGAACAGGCAAGGGCUUCCUGACGGCUGCUGACAUGCGGCCGUUUGCUGAGCAGACCGGCUUCACCGGCACCGAUCGGGAGUGGCAGCUCGAGUUUGAAGCUCUUUGCCACGAAAGCCGAUGUUCGCAGGGCCUCGAGCUGGACGCAUUUGCCAAGCUCGUCAACGAUGAUUCUGAGGAUGGUUGCUACUGCACGGACAGCGAGCUGCAAGCGCUGCUGCAACGGCUGCACCAAGGGAGCAUUGAAAGCAACACUUCGGUGCCCAAUGCAGCUGCUUCGGGUAAAGGCAGCCAACCACAGCCAGCGUCGGAGGACAGAAGUUCGAGACAAGGAUUGCUAGAGGCCGUGUUCAAUGCGUUGGACAGAACAGGCAAGGGCUUCCUGACGGCUGCUGACAUGCGGCCGUUUGCUGAGCAGACCGGCUUCACCGGCACCGAUCGGGAGUGGCAGCUCGAGUUUGAAGCUCUUUGCCACGAAAGCCGAUGUUCGCAGGGCCUCGAGCUGGACGCAUUUGCCAAGCUCGUCAACGAUGAUUCUGAGGAAGGUUGCUACUGCACGGACAGCGAGCUGCAAGCGCUGCUGCAACGGCUGCACCAAGGGGGCAUUGAAAGCAACACUUCGGUGCCCAAUGCAGCUACUUCGGGUAAAGGCAGCCAACCACAGCCAGCGUCGGAGGACAGAAGUUCGAGACAAGGAUUGCUAGAGGCCGUGUUCAAUGCGUUGGACAGAACAGGCAAGGGCUUCCUGACGGCUGCUGACAUGCGGCCGUUUGCUGAGCAGACCGGCUUCACCGGCACCGAUCGGGAGUGGCAGCUCGAGUUUGAAGCUCUUUGCCACGAAAGCCGAUCUUCGCAGGGCCUCGAGCUGGACGCAUUUGCCAAGCUCGUCAACGAUGAUUCUGAGGAUGGUUGCUACUGCACGGACAGCGAGCUGCAAGCGCUGCUGCAACGGCUGCACCAAGGGAGCGUUGAAAACAACACCUCGGUGUCUAGCUCAACUCCUUCGAGGACGACCGGGCAACCUUUGCAGGUAAAUACCAGACGAGGAUGUAUCGAGGCGGUGUUCGCUGCUCUGGACACGAUGUGCAACGGCUUCCUGACGGCUGGUGACAUGCGACCGUUUGCAGAGCAAACCGGCUUCACCGGCACCGAUCGGGAGUGGCAGCUCGAGUUUGAAGCUCUUUGCCGCGAAAGCCGAUCUUCGCAGGGCCUCGAACUGGACGCAUUUGCCAAGCUCGUCAACGAUGAUUCUGAGGAUGGUUGCUACUGCACGGACAGCGAGCUGCAAGCGCUCCUGCAAGGGCUGCUGCACCGGCUGCCUCAGCACGGCACUGCAGGCAAUGCAAGCAGCAUGUCGCUGUCUGCAACCCACGCAGGGAUUGGCGGCCAGCCGCUGCCAAUGCAGGCCAGGAGCCCUCAUUCUCGGAUCCUUGUGUCGGAUGCGGUGAAUGAAAUGCCGCAAGACUACUUUGUUCGUUUCGAAGAAUAG